GUCGUGGCUUCCUCGCCCGUCCCGACGUCGCCUCAACACUCCGCUUCCGACGCGAGGGCGAAGCGCACGCCCGAUAUUCUAACGACCGCCGCGACCGACCCGCCGCGCGCCCGCGGCUAGUGAAACCGCCAUGUUUGACGUUUUCGGCUCCGUCAAGGGGCUCCUCAAACUCGACUCCGUUUGUAUCGACAACAAUGUGUUUCGUUUACACUACAAAGCCACCGUGAUCAUCUUGAUCACGUUCUCGCUGCUCGUCACCUCGCGACAGUACAUCGGUGACCCGAUAGACUGCAUCGUGGACGAAAUACCGCUCGCCGUCAUGGACACAUACUGCUGGAUCUACUCGACUUUCACCAUCCCCAACCGGCUGGUGGGCCGCGUGGGCAAGGACAUGGUGCAGCCCGGCGUCUCCUCGCACAUCGACGGCCAGGAUGAAGUCAAAUACCACAAAUACUAUCAGUGGGUGUGUUUCGUGCUGUUCUUCCAAGCCAUUUUGUUCUAUGUGCCACGCUACCUUUGGAAAACGUGGGAGGGAGGUCGCAUCAAGAUGUUAGUUCUAGAUCUCAACUGCCCCGUCGUAGGGGAGGACAGUAAAUCGGACCGCAAAAAGCUGCUCGUAGACUACUUCUACACAAACCUGCAUACGCAGAACUUCUACGCGUUCCGAUUCUUCAUUUGCGAAGUGCUGAACUUCAUCAACGUAGUCGGCCAGAUAUUCUUCAUGGACUUUUUCCUAGACGGCGAAUUCUCUACCUAUGGUGCCGAUGUAGUGCGUUUUACUGAAAUGGAGCCGGAAGAACGCGAGGACCCAAUGGCUAGAGUGUUUCCUAAAGUGACGAAAUGCACCUUCCACAAAUACGGUCCUUCGGGAACCGUGCAAAAGUUUGACGGGCUGUGCGUGCUGCCGCUGAACAUCGUCAAUGAGAAGAUCUACGUGUUCCUGUGGUUCUGGUUCGUCAUAUUGUCGAUCCUGAGCGGUAUCUCUCUGCUGUACCGGAUGGCGGUGGUGGCCGGACCGCGUGUGCGCCUGUACCUGCUGCGCGCUCGCAGCCGCCUCGCCCCGCAGGAGCAGGUCGAAUCGGUGGCGCGCAAGCUGCAGAUCGGCGACUGGUUUGUUCUAUACCAGUUGGGAAAGAACAUCGACCCGCUGAUUUACAAGGAGCUGAUGGGUGAACUAGCCGAGAAGUUUGACGGGAAAGACACUGUGUAGUGGCGUGGUCUGUGGAAAGUGGACUUUGGGUCGUCCGUGUGACGUGUGAGGGGGCCGCGGCGACGGCGCGGCAGGUAGCUUCGCCCGCGCCGCGGCUGGCGGCCGGCGCGCACAAAGAGCGCUCGGGGCGGCUGCACGCCGACAUUCCAAUACCGAAGCCCCAUGCGGGGAACGACCUCCGCGGGCCGCAUCCAUUGUAUUCUGGAACGCUUAACUUUUAUCGCUACUGAAACUAUGAUAGUUGUUAUAAACUCUUCCAAACGCAACACGCCGACUGAACCGCGCUGCAUACGCGGAUGCAUUUAGAAUUUAUCUUCUAUUGGGGCCCGUCUUUAUGAUAGUCCUAGACGUAGUUAGAUCUCGAGCCUUCGUUUUGUAUUUUUAUUAUUAUUUUGUGUGCGAGUGCGUAAUGUUGAAGGGACGUCUCAUUGUGAUAUGUAAUUAUUAUUAUAAUUAAUCUAAAUUAAGUGUUUAACGUGUACAAGGUUGAUCGAUUGGACGGCUGAUUAUUCCUAAGUUAGAUAGGUAGUUUAUCUACGAGUUUGUUAUCGACUGUUUUACUCGAUACGAUAUUGUAUAAAGCAAUAACUACUAAUGUUAAGAGAUCAAUUAAUCGAAUGCGAUCCUGACAAUACUGUAAUUUUUACUGUUUGAUAGCUAUGAACUUUUUUAUACUGACGAAAUUAGGUCGACAACCUAACUGUUAAUAUUUUCUGAAUAUAUUUACUGCCAUC